UUAAACAUGGCUGCGCUCUUGAGGUCGGCUCUGCUUGUGAGAUUUACCUCCCCGACUCUGCUCCCGGUCGCCAGAGCGACUGUGCAUGGCGGCCCGCUCUGCAGGCUCGGUACCGGGACUCUUAGCUGCAGAGGGCUCGCAGGAUGUCCCGGUCGUGUCGUCAUCGGAACCAAUGUAAACAGAUGUGUGAGAGGCAGCGGCGCUGUGCGUCUGUUGACCAUUGCUGCGCAGGAGAAGGGAGUGGCUCUGCGCUCCCGCCAGGCGGAGCAGUUUGACUGGGCUCUCAACAAGCUGGACAGCUCCGUGAGGAGGACCGGGCGCAUCACCAAGACCCAGCUGCUCAAGAUCUUCCACGAUAUGUGCCGCACAGGAUAUCCCAGUGGAAACCAGGUUCUGCUCCUGCUGCGGAGCUGUGGUGCUCUGCUCCCGGAGAUUCACCUGUCUGAGCGCACUGAGCUGGCACAUCUUAUUUGGGGAAAGCUGCUGGACCUGGGUGCUGUGUAUGAUGCCAGUCACUACAACGCCUUGCUGAAAGUCUACCUGCAAAAUGAGUUCAAGUUCUCCCCGACAGAGUUUCUCGCAAAAAUGGAGACGGCGAACGUGCAGCCCAACAGAGUAACCUAUGAAAGGUUAAUCUCUGCAUACCGCAAUGAGGGUGACAUCGAAGGCGCCAGUAAAGUCCUGGGCUUUAUGAAGAGCAAAGAUCUUCCCAUCACAGAGGCAGUGUUCAACUCCCUGGUGACCGGCCAUGCCAGAGCUGGUGAUAUGGAGAGUGCUGAGAACAUCCUCACAGUAAUGAAGGGAGCUGGCAUCGAGGCUGGUCCAGACACUUACCUGGCUCUGCUCAAUGCCUACGCUGAAAAGGGGGACAUUAACAAGAUCAAGCAAUGGCAGACCCUAGAAAAGGUUGAAAAGACAGAUGCCAGUCUGACGGACAGGGACUUGAUGCAGAUCGUCUUCAGCCUGGCCAAGUCUGGGCAGCACCAGCAUGUGCAGGAGAUCGCAGAGCGCAUGAGACACGACCGGGGAUACGUUCCUGACGCGAUGAACCUGUGCCUGAGCCUCAUCACGCAGGGGAUGGAGGACACAGCCUUCCAGCUGCUCAAGACCUUCCCCACAUUGCAGCCUGAGAGUCAGAACGGAGAUACACCAGACCUCGGCAACUUCUUCCUGCUUCACUGCGUCAACAUGGACAAGCCGGUGGAGAAGUUAAAGCGUUUCUGCAGGGAGCUUCAGGAGAGCGGCCUGCAUGCCUCGGCCCUGCCCUUCACCCUCUACUGUGCCCUGGAUGCCAAAAAGACAGCGACGGUGGUGGAGCUGAUGAAGGUGGUGAAGGAGGAAGGGCUGCCGGUGAGAACGCACUACUUCUGGCCUCUCCUUGCGCAGCACCAGAAAGAGAAGAAUUCUCAAAGUUUGUUAGCACGUUGGAUACUACAGUACUUGCAGUUUAACUUGUUAAACCAUGCACUAACCACGCAGCUUGGAGCUGAGCUAUCGGCUGUUUAUCCUCCCUUGCAUGCUCUGGCCUGGAUCAUCCUGGUGAUAGAAGCAUCCCCGCCAGCCCUUCUCAAAAGCCCGGGUCCCCAGCGCUCCUGCCCUGUCAUGCGAUGCACAAUGGAGGUGCUGAAGGCCAUGCAGGAGCUGGGUGUGGAGCCUGACGUGGACACCUACACGAACUACGUGCUCACCUCCUUCGACAGCCUGGAGAUCGCUCACACCAAGCUCAGGAUAGGGUCAGGAGGACCGGAGAUUGGCUGCUCCGUGGAGGCAGAGGGGUUUGCUGCCACUGAGCUGAGGUUGGAGGCAGUGAAUGGGAGGCUGGAGAGGGUUCUUGCCAUGUGUGAGUACACCCCAGUGCACCUCCGUACACAACACAACAUGCCGUACUUCAACAUGAGCGAGUCCAGGUGCUUGUCUUCACCGACCGUGCCUGCAGUGGAGCUGAGUUCAUUCAAGGGAAGCCUCAUUCUAGGGUUCAAAAGGUCUCAAGAUGUGACUACCAUGGCAAAGACACUCCUAAUAUAUACAGAGGUAUUCGGAACCUGCUGGAUUCGUACCGUGUUCCGGAAAUCAUCAAGUGACCGUAAAGACUCCUCUGUGGUCCUGGACGUUAACAAAUACUUGGGGUUGGUGAAGGUCCUCGCAAAGCACGGCAAAAUCGAGGACGUGCUCGGCAUCCUGAAGGAGAUGAAGGAGAAGGGCGUGGCUGUGCGGGACGCCAGCGUCACCUCAUUCUUCCACAUCCUGAACGCCUCAGCCAUGCGUGCAGAAGAGGAGGUCGUGCGGAGCAUCCUGGACGCUCUCUUCACCCUGGGCCUGGCCAAGCCCUCUGCCAACCUCUGCUCCCAGCUCGUCACUGUGCACCUGGAGAAGGGGGACCUGCCCACUGCGCUGGAGGCUUCCAUGGACUGCCAAAGGAAGUACAGCCAGAUGCCUCGCCUCCACGACGUCCUGUGUAAGCUGGUGGAGAUGGGCGAGACUGAACUCCUGCAGAAAGCGAUGGAUUUCGUUAGCCAGGAGCGGGGUAGGAUGACAAUGCUGUACGACCUCUUCUUUGCCUUCAUGCACACGGGCAAAUACAAGGAGGCUCGCAAAAUCAUUGAGACUCCUGGGCUGAGGUCUCGUCCUGGGCGGCUGCAGUGGUUUUCUGAGAAGUGCAUUGCUGCCAACCAGGUACAGACUUUGGAGAGCAUGGUGGAGAUGACUCGGAAGCUGUUUGAGUGUGAUCGGGACGAGAUGUACUACUAUCUCAUCAGACUCUGCAAGGAGAACAAUGACUGGAGGAAGGCUGAAGCCACCUGGAUGAAGAUGCAGGAGGAGAACAUCAUCCCGCGGGAGUGGACCCUGAGGCUGCUGGCUGAUAUUCUGAAGAGCAACGGGCAGGAGGUGCCCUUCGAGGUGCCCGAGGCGUACAGGAUCCUGUCUGACGCUGAGAGCAAAGACCUUGCUCUCCACUCUGCUGCCUACAACAGCCUUAUCAAGUCUCUGCUGGCCGAAGGCAACCUGGAGGAUGCCAUGAAGGUUAAAGACAUAGCCAGGAGCCGAAUCUCAGGCUUCACUCUGAGCGACACGGCCAGCAGCCUCCUCCUCAUCACCCAAUUGCACAACCCUUAUGAAACUGUUUUAAAGUUUGGAACACUGCGCUUUUGUAGUAUCAUGUUACAGUUUGCUUUUUGCACGCUCCCCUUGGUUGUAGGUGCUGCUGUAGUAGUCACUCACUCCCCUCUCAUUGCAGUCACCCUGAGCAUGCUGAAGGGGAUGCUGUAGGCUGAACAGGUCCCCACACAGCUGGCUGUCACCAGGCUGGUCCAGGCACUGGGGACGAAGGGAGACAUGGAGAGCAUUCAGGCAGUGGAGAGCAUGAUACAAAGCCUGGGACAGUCCAUUCAUUUAUCACGCAUGCUUUUCAUCAAUAAUACAGCCGUUGCGCACAUAAAGAACAAUGAUGUUGACUCCGCAGUGCAGUUCAUUGAGCCCCUGUUUGCUCCGGGAAGCAGAGGUCAGAGUUCAGGGCCGCAGGUCAGCAGUGUUUCCUUUGUGUUCAGGAAGGUCAUUGAAGAGAGGCUGGAGCCUGCUUUGGUUAAGUUAAGUGCCAUGGCAGAGAGGCUGGCAAACCACUUCGCUGAGUACAGACCAGCCACAGACCUCUUCCUGCAGUUCCUGGACACCGGCAGGAUUGAAGAUGGCAAGUUCCUUCUGCAGAGGUGUGCUGGUAUAGGAGAACAGAAGGAGAUCUUGGUUGCUUACAUCACCAGGGCAGCGCAGAAGCCUGGCCAGGCUCCAAAGAUCAAAGAUCUGCUUGGCAUCUUUUCCCUGACAAGGAGCUGGCUUACGCCUACCUCAUGAAGUGCUAUGGGUUAGCUAAUGACAUUGCUGCAGCCAAGGCUCUGUACCAGCAGAUUCAGGAGGAGCACAUGCAGCCUGAUGAGCUGUGCCUGAAGAGACUGACCCUGCUGUUGAAGAGUGCUGGGGAGCCCGUUCCCUUCACAGAGCCCCCGGUAAUAAGGGAACUGUACACACUCACUUCCCGUACAGAGUGCAUGCCAGUCUGUGUCACACCAGGGAUCACUCACUCCCAGUACAGAAUUCUUGCCAGUCUGUGUCACACCAGGGAUCCACUCACUCACUCCCAGUACAGAAUCCAUGCCAGCCUGUGUCACACCAAGGAUCCACUCACUCACUCCCAGUACAGAAUCCACGCCAGCCUGUGUCACACCAAGGAUCCACUCACUCACUCCCAGUACAGAAUCCACGCCAGCCUGUGUCACACCAAGGAUCCACUCACUCACUCCCAGUACAGAAUCCACGCCAGCCUGUGUCACACCAAGGAUCCACUCACUCACUCCCAGUACAGAAUCCACGCCAGCCUGUGUCACACCAGGGACGGAAGUAACUACCAUUGCAUAGCAGUCCGAUCUAUUCCUGGUUUUUAUUGUGAGUUUAAUGAGACACACCUAAGCUUUUUACUUAUA